AUGUCUGUCGAAACGCUUUCGGUUUCCCAAGUGGCUGAGCCUGUCCUUACCAAGUCCAGUAACCUGACGGUUAAAGAAGUUGAAGACGAUCUGGGAUUCGAUCCUGAUGCCCUCAAGGCCAAGUACCUUGCUGAACGGGAGAAACGUAUCCGCGCCAAUCCCAAUGGAGUGGAACAGUACCGUGCGAUUGAAGGCUCGCUGUCCCAUUAUCUCGAUGAUCCAUGGGCAGGUCAAGAUGACAAACGCGAACCGUUGGACAUCAGCACCGAAGUUGUAAUCAUCGGCGCUGGGUACGGAGGGGAGUUGAUGGCACAUAACCUCAAGCAGAAUGGGAUCGAAGAUUUCAAGAUCAUUGAGAAAGGUUCGGACUUUGGGGGAGUUUGGUACUGGAACCGAUAUCCAGGAGUCCAAUGCGAUAUUGAAUCCUAUGUCUACAUGCCCAUGCUGGACCACGUUGGAUAUGUCCCCACAGAAAAGUAUGCGCGUGGACCCGAACUUUUGCAACACGCACAGAAACUGGCCAAAGAACUUGGACUUUACGAAAAGGCAGUCUUCAAAACUGAGAUUCUAAGCAUUCACUGGCAAGAAGAGACCGCGACUUACUCAAUCAAAACGAACCACAACGACAACAUCCAGGCACGCUUCGUUGUAGGCGUUGCCGGGUCACUACACCGACCGAAACUCCCAGGCUUCCCAGGGAUCGAAACUUUUAAGGGCCACAGCUUUCACUCCAGCCGUUGGGAUUACAAGUACACGGGCGGAGACGCCACUGGAGGAGGGCUUGUUAAUCUUACUGAUAAGAAAGUUGCAAUUGUUGGGACUGGAGCUACCGCCGUCCAGAUUGUGCCAAAUAUCGCGCCUUGGUGCAAGCAGCUCUAUGUCUUCCAACGAACACCCUCGUCCAUUGAUGUGCGGAACAACAGACCUACGGAUCCAGAUUGGGCUAAAAGCCUUACUGGGAGAUGGCAGAAAGAGCGAAUGGAUAACUUCAACACGAUCGUCUGCGGCGGACAUCAAGACGUCGAUUUGGUCAACGACGGUUGGACAGACAUUAUUCGUAACCUAUAUCCCUCCCGAGAAGCAGCAGGAGCAAUGGGAAAAGAAGAGAUGGCCAAACGGCGACAAAUUCUAGACUUUCAGAAGAUGGAACAAAUCCGCAAGCGCGUCAAUGCCAUAGUCCAGGACCCUGUGACGGCUGAGAGCUUGAAGCCGUACUACAAUCAAUUUUGCAAGCGGCCUUGCUUCCACGACGAAUAUCUCGCGGCCUUCAAUCGGCCCAACGUACAACUUGUCGACACCAAAGGCCAAGGUAUAGACCGCCUGACCGAGAAAGGAGUGGUCGCCAACGGGGAGGAGUUUGAAAUUGAUUGCUUGAUCUAUGCCACAGGUUUUGAACGUGCCACUAGCUGGAGCCACCGCGCUGGCAUGGAGGUCUAUGGCCGUGAUGGGAAGAUCCUCGGGGAGAAGUUCUCAGACGGCCCCAGCACCUUCCAGGGCUGGGUCAGCAAGGACUUCCCGAACUUCUUUAUGAUCACGACCCUUCAGGCUUUUGUGACGGCGAAUUUCCUCCACACCACCGCGAUCCAGGCAGAGCAUCUCGCCUAUGUGGUUGCGGAAUGCAAGAAGAGAAACAUCCGCUCGGUUGAGCCGACCCAGGAGGCCGAGGACAAGUGGGUCGAGACGAUCAUCGAGUCGGGCGUCAACUCGAGAGCCUUCCACACGGAAUGCACGCCCGGGUAUUACAACAAUGAAGGCCAGAUCACCCGGAAGCUGGCGAAGAACCAGUGGUACGGAGGCAGUCCGUUGUGGGUCAUUAAUAUGCUGAGGGAAUGGCGCGAGGCUGGCAAACUCGAGGGUCUCGCAACAACUUUUCACCCCGAAUCUGAUACUGCCUAGACCGCCUUUGAUUGGGGCAACUGGGGCGUUUUCCU